GCUCAGAGAUCACCAGAUGCUUCCUGGCAGUCCUAGUGGUAGGAUCCCAGAAGGGAGUGGGAUCUGAGCAUUGCGAGGGGACCGGAGACUGGGCUUUCUCUCCUUGACCACUCCUUGCGUGUUUGGCUCGACUCCCCCAGUCACACAGGGUCUCCUUCCUCUGCCCUUCUCAGGAGCUAACAUGGUGAUGGAAGAGGUGCUGCCCAUGGAAAGCAGGGAGCUCCGGGGGCUCCUGGGGGACCCUCGCGAGGUGGAUAAGACUCUGCUGCUGGACUGUCGGCCCUUCCUAGCUUUCUGUCAGAGUCACGUCCUGGAAGCCCGGCCUGUGCACUGGAACGCCUUGUUGCGCAGGAGGUCCCGGGGGGCUGCCGGCGUUCACUUGGACUGGCUGAUCCCCGACCGGACCUUGCUGGGCAGGCUGAGCCAGGGGGAGCUGUCCCGAGUCGUGGUGCUGGAUGAAGCUAGUGGCUCUGUGGCGGAGCUCCGGGCCGACAGUCUGCCUCGAAUGCUGCUCACUGCCUUGCUCCAGGAGACUCGAGCCGGACCCACUGCUGUCUGCUUCCUGCAAGGAGGAUUCGAAGGCUUCCAAGCCAGUUUUCCAGAUCUCUGCUCAGAACCUCCUGCGCCAGCUUUACCCUCACCUGUGGCUGAGCCAGAGAGCAGCCGGUCAAGCAUUGGGGCCCCUUUGUACGACCAGGGGGGCCCCGUGGAGAUCCUGCCUUUUCUCUACUUGGGCAGUUGCAAUCAUUCGUCAGACCUGGAGGGACUUCAGGCUCUGGGCAUCACGGCUGUGCUUAAUGUUUCCGCCAGCUGUCCCAACCAUUUUGAAGGCCUUUUCCGAUACAAAAGUAUCCCUGUAGAAGACAACCAGAUGGUUGAAAUCAGUGUCUGGUUCCAGGAGGCUAUCGGCUUCAUUGACUCAGUGAAGAAUUCUGGGGGAAGAGUCCUGGUACACUGCCAGGCAGGCAUCUCACGCUCAGCCACCAUCUGCCUCGCGUACCUGAUGCAGAGCCGCAGGGUGAAAUUGGAGGAGGCCUUCGACUUUGUCAAACAGCGUCGUGGGGUCAUCUCCCCCAAUUUUGGUUUCAUGGGACAGCUUCUGCAGUUCGAAACUCAAGUGCUUUGCCACUAGGAGGGGAGGUCCUCUCUCCCCUAACCCCUGAACUCCUCUAGACUGCCAGUUCAAAUGUGGGAUCAGUCCUGUUGCUCUCUGAAAGGACUCUGCUCUUGCCCUUGCCAGUAAGGACUUUUUAGUUCACUGGGAAAAGCCUCACUUGAGUGGCAGAGAGCAGGGCAAGCUGAGAGAACUGAUUCUCUCUUUGGAAGGAUGAUUCCCCUUCCCUGUUCUGGUUACCCUUUCUCUGGAAGCUGCCUCCCUGAGCUGUGAAUGAUACCAUUGGAAGGAGAAAGGACUUGAAGACAGACAGCAUGCUGGGUGACCUGAUUUGGUGCUUUUCUGCUCUGGGUGUGAGGUUAAAUCCUCCCCAUUAAUGAGGGAAUGGAGAUGAAUAUUAGCUCACCUCUACUUCCCCCUUCCCCCUCUUCAACAGGCAGAAAUUAAUUGGGCCCCCACACACAUUCCUUUCUUCCUGCCUUCCAGACCCUGACCUUGAUUUUGGGAUCAAUUGCCAAAAUUCCCAGUUUUUCUCCUCCUACAGUAAGCCCCCCAUUACCAUGAGACUCACUACUGUUCUCCAACCUGGAUCUCUCUAAGCCCAAGCUGCUGGGCCACCUAACUCUGAAACCUGUGUUGUGAAAACCGAACUGCCCUGGGGGGAGAGGGCUGAGAUGGGAGAAGGGUCUACCCAGGAUCAGAGAGUCUUGAGAGAGCCCAGCUCCUGAUGAUUACAAAGGAUUCUGGGAGUGCUGGAUGACUCAGUGGACUAAUAUAUUCUAUCACCAGCAUCUUACACAGGAAAGCAAUACAGCAUAUGUAUGUGUGUAUGUCGUACUGAAAAACUAUUUAUGUUCAACUGACAUUUACCACUCCCCCUCUGCCACUUCCCCCACUUCCCCCCAAGCCCACAAACCCUGUAGGCGGGCUUGGAAAAUUAGCACUUUAUAUUUAUACAGAACAUUGUGGAUGUUUUAAUAAAACAUUGUUUUGGUUUUUUUUUAAAAAAGAAAAAAAAACAAACAAACACAAAA